AUGGCGCAGGUCGGAAUCCCGAACAGAGUCUUCGGCCGAUUUGUUCGCCCAUUACAACGACUAGUUUUAAACUAUUGCCAACGCGGUGGAAGCAGUAGAGGGAUAAGGUAAGUAGCAUAUUUUUGAAAUAACCAAUUUAUUUACGGUAAUGAUUUUAACCCAUCUCCCCAUGUGUUUUUUCAGGGAAUAUAUAGACAAGAAUGUCGUGGAGUUCGCAAAGAACAACCCAGAAGUUACUGUUUAUGUCCGAGAAAGAAACGGAAAGCAUCCUAGGAUAGUCGCGAAUUUUAGUAAGUGUACUUUUCGUUUGAGUAGCUGGGAAAUGUAAUAAGUGUUGUUUCUUUAUUCUCUGCUGUCUUUUGUUUUAGUAAAUGGCAACAGUAAGAUAGUCGAGGUAAAGAACAAAACGCCAGAAGAGAUAAAAGAGUGGGUUGAAAGACUCAGGAAUGAAUCAGGAGUUAAAGUACAGAAAAUAAGACAAUUUUGGCACACAGAAAAUCCAUCCAUACAGGGAACUUGGACUCCCUUCUUAAACAAGCCACCAUCACUUAGACGUUCAAAUGUACAUCACCUUGCAGCUGAAAAACAAGCAAGCGGUUGA